GAGGUGGAUCAACCAAACGAGCUGAGCUGAUCUGAAGCAUUGACAAUCGAUCAAACGACAAAGCUACGGCUGGCCGGGGCGAAUUAAUAAAAGUAUGGAAGAAAUAUCAUCGUCCGUAUUUCCAUUUCCAUUCCAGGAGGGAUUGCUGCAUUUUUCAGGACCACCACUACUGCUUCCCAUCAAUCCAGCUGCGGCUAAUAUGAAGAAUUUUGAUCCCCUUCUAAACCAACCUCCACCUCCUCCUCCGCCGCCGCCGCCGCCGAGGAAGAUUAUGCGAAGGGACGUUGAAAGACAGCGCCGAAAAGAGAUGGGAGCCCUUUACAAAACUUUACUCACCUUAAUCCCUCUUCAUUACAUCAAGGGAAAGCGGUCGACGUCGGACCGUCUACAAGAAACUGUGAGGUACGUGAAAGAUUUGAAGGAAAGAGUGAAGAGAUUUAGGGCAAGAAAAGAGGAGCUUGUGAUGAUGAAAGAAAGAGGAGGAGGCGAUGUGUCGACAGUGGCAACUCAUCAUGAUUCUUCUUCAUCGCCGACGCCACUCCCUACCACAGCAUCGUCGCCAUCACUAUUAUCAAGCAGCAGCGGCAGCAACAGCAACAUGGUCGGUGAGAUGGGAGGAAGCAGAGUAGCGGUGAAGCCGUGCAAGGUAGGAGGAGUUGAGGUCACUCUCACCAUUGCUCCUCCUGCCUCCGGACUCUCCCUCUCCACAGUACUUAAGCUUCUUGUCGCCCAUGGGAUGUCCAUUCACAUCUGCUCCUCCCUCAAACUUAAUCAUACCAUCCUUCAUACCAUCCACGCUCAGGUGAGAGGAGGAAGAGCGAUUGAUCCAUCUCAGCUGGAGCAGUAUUUGUCGAUCCUAAUUCAAAAUAAUGAUUAUGAAGUUUUUUCAAUUUAGAAAUAUUAAGGCCUUGUUUGGUAAUCGGUUGUUAGUUGUUAGCUGUUAGUUGGUCAUGUCAGUUGUUUGAUCACAGCUGGUUGUGUUGGCUCUUUUGAUUGGCUCGUUUUAUUAGCUUGUUGUUAAUAAAUGUUUGGUAAAAUUAGCUGUUAUAAAACAGCUGUUUGAAUGUAAAAAGACGCAUAAGGACACAAGUGUAUAUAUAAUAUUUGACUAAUGCUAAGAGCAUCUCCAAUGCUACAAUGUGCACGGUGCACAUGUGGCAUGAGAGAUAUAGACACAAAAUAUUGAUUUUAUGACAUUUCUCUCUCCUUCUUUCCACGGUCUUAUGUGUUUUUGGUAAGUUUUUGUCUGCAAUGUCAACCAUAAUGUCUACAUCUAGACAUUGUGAUUGACAUUGUGAAGAAAAACUUACCAAAAUGAUGUAAGAUCCUUUAAAUAAAGAGAGAGAUAUUAUAUUUAUUGUUUUUUAAUUGGUUAUUUCUCAUGUCACGUAUGCACCGUUAACGUUUUAGGGAUGUAAUUUGAUUACUCCGUAUUAUUUGGGACCUUUGUUCCUGGUUCCUUUUAUUUAGGAAUGAAGGGGAUCUGACAUUUCUUUGUAUAUAGUAGGAACGGAUGGAACUAUAGAAGUGUCUUUCGACUUACAGCUAAG